AUGGCAAAACCGGCUGAUGUGCUGAUCCCAUCAGGCGGCCUCUUCGCUUCCCUGUGCGUCAGUGGAAGAUUGGUAACCGCCCCAGCCAGAGAGGCCGUGCGUGCGGUCCUACGCCAGGACGCGACGCAGCAGUGGAAGCAGCGGCGAGUACAGGGCAAACUAGCCAGCAUGUCGGAAGAUAUUUAUCUGCCAUGCCUGCAGCCCCGGUUGUUCACCAACAUCACUCCAGAUCCAAGCUGGCGACAUCUGUGUCUGCCUGCCGAUGGUGAAUCGAUAGACCUGUCGGGAUUCAUGCACCGGUGCCUGCGGGCAAUCGGCGGGGGAUGGACAGAGAUGCUGCAUUCGAACAGUCAGGCAAACAGCACUGCCAUUGACUACGCGCAGCAGAACAAUCAACCAGCGCCAGGUGACGGCCUCAGACAGGCAGGCCUCCGCUGGAGGAACGAGCUCAACAAUGUGGUUCCAAUACCUCCUGGAAUCGAGCGGCGCUGGCCACGUCUGGCAGCCUGGAGGUGGCUGGUAGCGCAUCCGGACAGAGAGGCCGAGCUCAAUGUGGACGUCAACGGGAGCAGCGCGCACAGCACAAAUGCUGAGAAGCCAUGGGAGAUGGGAUACCGAGGCAUGAUGGUGCGAUCGCUCGGAUUGGCCUUGAGAGGAACCGGCACCUUGGAGGCACCGGAACCUGAAGAAUUUGCCGUGCUGAGUCAACCCGACCGCACUCAUGCAGAGGCACGCAUCAGACAGUCUCGGGCAGCAGCUCAACACAGGACAGCGCGCGUAACCAGCCUGUUGCUAUUGGGUCUCCGCCGGGCAAGGGCAGAAUACCUGAAGCGUGCGCAAGCAUGCGUGGAGCUCAUGCAAUUAGCACUCCCACAGCCUCCACCUGCUGAGCCGGUGGAGGAAGCCGAGGAACUCCACCAUGCAAGGCCCGCAGGACCGCGGACGCCCCUCGCGGACUGGAUGGAUGGCCCAGGUGCGGGGGUCCUGCGCGAGCUCAGAUGGCAUGCCCCGACCUCGUCAGUGGCUGUGGCUCGGAUCCGUGUGGCAUGGCCAGGUCGUAGCCCCAGUGAAACAACGACACUGCGGGCCCUCUGGUCACGAGGAGUGCCCACCACAGAGCACGGCAGCCUUCAGUGGGGCACCGACGGCCCGUCCUGGGAAGAAGUGAUGCGGGCCCUUGAAGCUGGCCCAUGUCGCUGCCAGCACUCGGAGUCUGUAGACCUGUGCUGGGAAUGGCCGUGUUAUGGUCCCAGACCAAGCAAACGGCCACAUCAGGCCCUGCCCCUGGUGUCAAGGAACCUCUGA